CCUCCACAUGAGAGCUACAUUUGAUCGUAUCCAGAUUUCGCCUUUUCAGAUUAGCUGCUGCAUGAUGACAGCGGGCUUGAUAGUCGGAUUUGCAUCGGCAAAGAGAGAACUAAUGUCUUGCAUGCAGAUGUGGAUCAGACCCUGUUCGCCCAAAAUAGUUAGGCGUGCCACCAGACAGCCCUUUUUCUCCACUGACUUACUCAUCGCCGCAAAUUCCAAAAGCAGCCCCGCAACCACGCUAUGAGUAUGCAAAAUUAUUGGAAUCCGUGAAUGACUUAUUGUGCAAGCCUCUAUAGCCUUGCGCCCGAUACUGUCUCACCCCCAAUCUUACAUUAAUCGACAUCACCAAACAUGGCUGACGUCUUUUUGAGUUUCUUCCGCAGUUCGUUGCCGGACGAACUUGCGGCAGUGCUUGAAACCACUAUCAAGGCAACCGAAUCCGGGGAUUUUUUGAAGGUGCUCCAACUACCGGAAGCGCAACUCCUUCUAGGCCGUGAGGACAAUGAAGCCACCAAGGACGUUAGAAGAGGCGAUUUCGCUGUCUGGAACGACUAUAUCUUUCGCCGCCUUGGACUACUCCUGUCACAACAGAAUGAAGUGGAUUCAGGUUCAAUACAAGAAACAGCAGCAUACAAACAACAUACAUACCUCCUAAUUGCGGUCGCUGCGUUGUAUGCAUUUCUGCAGUCCAAUGUUACUGGACCGCCACUACCUUUCAAGUCUGCCGAAACACUUUUAUCGGAAGACAUCACAGGCGAUGUAAAGGCCCUCAACAAAGCAAGGGCAGAUCUUGUUGCAUCGCUGAGCACAGAUGGUGUUGCAGCAUACAGACUUACACCAAACAUCGAGCUACUAUGCCUCGCACAAACUAUCCUCAUCAGCCCGGCCAUUCGAAAGAACAUUCCGGUCGCGGCGUGGGCGCGCCUCAGGGCCAAUUUCGUCCAUCAGAGACUGCUCAGCGAGUCGGCACCCAGUCUACAAGAUGCCAUCUAUGACGACUUGAAGGUCGUAGAAGAUUUGAUUCACAACUCGGAUAAGAGCAGGGAGAUCAAGGACUUGCAUCCUAGCUUCCUACUGGAACGAGCAGCGGUUCACACGCACCAUGGUCUGGAUAAGAAAGCUAAGGCGGAUCUUGAUCAGGCAACCUCAGAACGCAAGUUCGAAUUCGCAUUGACUGGACUCAUGGGAAAGAGAACGAAGUUCCAGCAGAAAGAUACUAGCCAGCUCAUCGUACUCGCCCGAAGUGCAGGGUCGGAUACUAAUGGCGCAGCAGACGCAAGCUCAAAACCAAAAGCCUUGGACCUGAACGACGAUACCUUGCUUGAGUCUAUUUCCUUCACCAACGAUACUGCGUCCAUGGAAAUCAAGGAUGAGUCCUCUCUACCGUCAUCUCUUACAUCCAUGGACCCAUCGAACCAACCUCUGCUCGAUCCACUCGAUUCCGUCAUCAUGCUCUCGCUGGCUGAGAGCAUCAAGAACACGAACCCCGCUGACGGUCUUACAAGAGAACAAACCGAGCCGUACGCUACCAGAGUACUAGAGGGCGGCAGCUCGAACUGGCAAGUUUACACCCAAGCUCUCCUUGUGCGCAGUCGCAUCGAAGGCUACAAGUCGCGCACCAUGGAGCGAGGGUUGCUUCAACUGCAAGCACUGGUGGACCAAGUCAUCGCGGAGACUUCUGGCGACGCGACCACUGAUGCUGAGACGGGCGAAAAGAUCACUUCUUUCCUUCCACAGGCGAAGGACAGCGAGGCGGCAUCCGUUGAAGAACGCCUUCGCUACAUCUUCCCUCUCUGUUCGCCAUCCCGUUGGGAGCUGGAGUCUGAGCUUGCUGCUCGAUGGGUCGCUCUGGGUGGUUUGCGAUCUGCGCUCGAGAUCUACGAGAGAUUGGAGAUGUGGGCCGAAGCAGCGCUGUGCUAUGCAGCCACCGAGAAGGAAGAGAGGGCGCGUAAGAUGAUCCGACGACAACUGUUCCAUGCUACCAACGGCGAUGAUGAGAACGUGGAUCUUGACGAGGAGAAGUGGGAGGGCGCUGAACGGAACCCACCGCCAGCCGAAGCACCACGUUAUUACUGCAUCCUGGGUGAUAUUGACAACGAUCUCUCCAUGUACGAGAAGGCUUGGGAGGUUUCCGGCAAACGUUACGCGCGUGCUCAACGGUCCCUUGGUCAACGCUACAUCGCAGCACGCAACUACGAGAAAGCUGUAGAAGCCUACGAGCUUUCUCUCAAAAUCAACUCGCUCUAUCAUCCCGCAUGGUUCGCCCUCGGAUGCGCAUACCUCGAAACUCUCCAAUUCAAGAAUGCCGUUGAGGCGUUUUCCCGCUGUGUCCAACUCGACGACCAGGACGCCGAAGCAUGGAGCAACCUCGCCGCAUCCCUUCUGCACCUCAAGUCCAAGAUUCAGGAAACCGAAGAUGGCGAGCUGCAAGAGACAAGAGUGACAAACCACCCUCGUACCGACGCUCUCAAGGCUUUCAAACGCGCUGCCACCAUCAAGCACGACAACUACCGCAUCUGGAAUAACGUCCUCGCCGUCAGCGCCUCCACCAACCCACCCUCUUGGUCCGACGUCGUAACUGCACAACGCCGUAUCUGUGAGCUCCGCGGCUCAACCGAAGGCGAAAAGUGCGUCGAUGCAGAAGUCAUCGACAUGCUAGUCAAGCACGUCGUUUCCAGCGAAGAAGAGUUUGAUAUCUCACGCCCUGGUCUCCCCCGCCUCGUAAACGACCUCAUUGAGAAACACAUCAAACCUCUCAUCACUGUAUCGCCCAAACUAUGGAUCAUUCUAGCAACACUAUACACGCACACCAAGCGACCGAGUUCGGCGCUAGAGUGUCACGAGAAGGCGUGGCGAGCAGUGACGAGUCAGCCGAAAUGGGAAUCUGGUACCGAAGUGGAGUGGAAUGCCGUUGUUGAGAUGACGAUGGAUCUACUGGAUGCCUAUGAGACUUUGGGACCGCGUGAGCGCACCGAAGGUCUGGCGGCUGGAAGUGGGGAGCUGGUGGCCAAGGACUGGAAGUUCAAGUCGAGGAGUGCGGUGAGGAGUGUCAUGGGUAAGGGUAAGGACAACUGGGAAGAUAGUGCUGGGUGGGAGAAGUUGGUCGAAAGGUUGGAGGAGUUGAAGGGGAGGGAAUAGAUAGGUUGGGAUUUGGGACGAGUAUGAGUUUUGUUCAUAACUAGGUAUCUAAGAGAAAAGCAUGUCUUUCUAUUGGAGUUUCUUGCUUAUAUAAUACUAGCGGAUCACUCACGGAGCGAGAUGAACGCUAGAGAUAUC